UUUGCUGAAAAAGUGUAUUUCCUGUACACAUUUAACCUCACUAACCCACAUGUUAACCCCUGUAGCAGUUACCACACUCACUAUUUACAGCUAGCGAUGUUGUUCGUUUGUUUCCUUCUCCUCCUCGCUCCCUCUCUCAUCUCAGCAGACAACACCUACAACUACUUUGACUUCGUGAGGCAGUGGUCGCCCAACUCCUGCUACAAAGCCAGCCACGGAUGUAAACAGCUGCCUCAGCAGAUAAACUUCUGGACGAUACACGGACUCUGGCCGAGCAGGGACGCUAGCCACUACCCAGCUGACUGUGCCGGCAGCCAGUGCCACCUCAACACCACCACUAUCCCCGACCUGCUGGACGAGAUGCACCUGCACUGGCCUACUGACUACUCGGGGGGAGACACUAAGUUCUGGUCUCACGAGUACUGCAAACACGGCACCUGCUGUACUGACGUCUUCCCUGACGUUCAUCACUACUUCAGUGCUGCCCUCACACUCAACCACCGCCUGGAUGUGGACACUGCCCUGGCUAAAGCUGGCAUCUUGCCAGAUCUAAACAAACCUUACACUUUCACUCAGCUUGACUCGGCAAUGAAGAGCAGUUUUGGAGUGGAUGAAGCGACGUACUGGUGCAGGUUUGUAAAGGAAGAUGACGGCUCAUCCAGGCAGCUAGUGUUCCAGAUAUCCGUCUGUAUCGCCAAGGAUUCCGCUUCCCUCAAUACCCAGAAUUGUCCUGCUCCAGGAAAAAGCUGUGUCAUAACCAAACCUUUCUAUCUGCUUCCUUUCAGUGUUCUUAGGGAUUAGGAGGGAUAAUUGGAGAGACUUAUCUUUCUGAGUAUAGAAAGAGAAAAAACACUAGCUAUACCUAGUUUUGUUUGAAACUUGAAGAAGAUGGCCCCUGAUUUGUGUGCGUGCUAACUGAGAAAUGACAGUCAGCUCGAUUUGAGAAUUGUUUGUUGACCAAAAAUUUGAAACAAGAUAGAUGUUUUUCAUGCAUUUUUACUGAAAUUGAGUUUUUAUGAUGAUCAGAAUUGUGAUAGUUUAAAUAUCAUGUUCAAAGUUGAUUGAUAUUGAUUAUUAUUUGGUUAAAAG